CAGGUCACAUGGCACUCAAAAUAACAACAACACGUGCUGGGGGCCCAACAGACGCCAUGCCGGACAAAUUACCCAUAUAACAUUGAAUUUGUUAUAAUUCACAGGUCAACAACUACUCACGUGCCCGGACAGACAAAUUAGAUAGAAAUUCUCUCAACAUGGACAAAAGAUACAUCGAUUUGUUCAGUACAUGGGUACAAGAAAAGCGAAACACAAGCUGGGCUCUGUCUCUUCAUAUCACAUAACUUGCGCAAACUGCAGGGAUAACCAUGAACUUGUUAACGCGUUGUCUUCUCUUACGUCCGCGCGUUUGUGAGGCGUGACGUCACAACGCAUCAGCUUCAAGACAUGGGUUAUUACGUCACAAUAUUGUGACGUCACAGAACGAAUCCAAGCUGUCUUUAGCCAUGCUAGAAAAUCCCUCAGCAGAUGAUCGGCAAGAAAUUGUUGAUUUAUGGGACCGUCUUCUGCAUACAGAUAUGGACUCUGGCAUAGCCAUCCAAACAGGCAUAGCCAUCCAAACAGGCAAGGGCUACAAGUCGCUCUCGCAGUCACUGCACACGGCUCCUGUCACUAUUGGUCAGACAGUGGCCAGAUCCACUGACCACAAGCGAAAUGCAAGGGGAGGCUUCCAUCAAGACACUCGGAGACCAGGUAACGUUCCCCAUCAAUCACAAAGCAACGAAACGUUUACUGCUGCGUCUUCGACUCGCCUACGACCACCUACCCCGAUCUGGGUCGAGGGUAGAUACACCCCAGUAUUCAACACCUCCCCCAAAGAGGUCAAGCUGGAGACCCCAACACGGGUGGUAGUCUCGAAACCAAAGCCAAAGAAGGCAUCGAAAAUGAUCAGAUUUUUCAACUGCGUUAGCCGCCUUUUUCAUGUGAGCCGCCAGGAGAGGAAGGGAUGGACCCAGCUGUAGCCACCCUGGAACUUUAUACUUAUGCGCCAAACUGAUAUGAAGUAUAUUUUCUAUUAUUGUCUCAAAAGACAAAUGAUACAAAUUGUUAUCGAGUUUUUAGAUCAUUAAACUUUGUAUGAA